AUGACCAUUCAUCAUCAACCAUCAUCAACACCAUCCCAUGCUACAAGCUCUUCGAGUAACUGGCAUCCGCCACCACCACCAGCACCGCCACAACAUGCCCCGCCACCUCCUCAGUCGUUGCAGCCACAAUUGAUACCACCGCAACAAUUACCACCAGGCCCGUCAUUCCAACCGCCAUUCCAACCACCUUACUACUACAUGCCGGAAUGGCCAGGUUUGGCGCCAGCAAGACAACCGAGACGCUAUCACACAGUACGACGAGUACCUUUAACCAAGGGUAACCUUGUUCUUGAUUGUCCCGUACCCGUACAAUACCUGCAAUCUACACCACGCAGAGCUGGCAGUGAAUUUGAACAAAUGCGUUACACCGCCGUAACGAGUGAUCCAGCAGACUUUGAAUCCUAUACGCUUCGACAAACUUCAUUCAAUCGUGCCACAGAGCUGUUUAUUUGCAUCACCAUGUAUAAUGAAGAUGAGGUGUUACUAGCAAGGACAUUACACGGUGUCAUGAAGAAUAUUUCACAUUUAUGCAGUCGUAAACGAUCACGCACAUGGGGAAGUGAAAGUUGGUCAAAGAUAGUUGUCUGCAUCAUUGCCGAUGGGCGAGAAAAGAUUCAUCCACGUGUCCUUGAUCUUUUAUCAGCGUUGGGCGUCUAUCAAGAUGGUGUGGCCAAGAAUUUUGUGAAUCGUAGGCAAGUCCAAGCUCAUUUAUACGAGUUUACAACGCAGCUAUCCUUGAACCCUGAUUUGAAAUUCAAAAAUGCCAUGGAUAGCAUUGUGCCAACACAAAUCUUGUUUUGUCUCAAGGAGAAAAACCAACGUAAGAUCAACUCCCAUCGCUGGUUCUUUCAAGCCUUUUGUGCCCAAUUGAAACCUACCGUGUGCAUGCUACUCGAUGUUGGCACACGCCCUGGACCAUCCUCUAUCUAUCGUCUAUGGAAAACAUUUGAUAUUAAUCGAGAUGUUGGAGGUGCUUGUGGUGAAGUGCGUGCCAUGACAGGUACAGCAGGAAUUGCCCUCUUGAAUCCAUUGGUGGCAGCUCAAAACUUUGAGUACAAGAUAUCCAAUGUCCUCGACAAACCACUUGAAUCGGUGCUUGGCUACAUUCAAGUCCUGCCUGGUGCAUUUUCAGCCUACCGAUACAAGGCUCUCUUGAAUGAUGUCAAUGGCCAUGGCCCCCUUGAAAAGUACUUUUUGGGUGAAGACCUUCAUGAUGGUGCAGCUGCUGCUGGUGUAUUUGAAGCCAACAUGUACCUUGCCGAGGAUCGAAUCCUUUGCUUUGAACUUGUAGCUAAAAAGGAUGCGAAGUGGGUCCUUCAUUAUGUUUCCAAUGCUUAUGGCGAAACAGAUGUCCCCAACGGUGUACCCGAAUUCAUCUCACAACGUCGAAGGUGGUUGAAUGGCUCCUUUUUUGCAGGCAUCUAUGCACUUUUUCAUUGGGGCAAGAUCAUUACGACAAAACACUCCCUGUUGCGUAAAAUGUUGCUUAUCAUUCAAGUAGUCUACUUGUUUCUAUCAUGGCUCUUUUCAUGGUUUGCAUUAGCCAAUUUCUUUUUGUCUUUCUAUAUCUUGACACGUGCCUUGUCGACAAUGACAAAUCCACCCUUUGAUCGAGAAACGGCAAACAAUGUCCAUGUCGGACUUACCUAUGUCUAUGUGGUGUUGCUCAUUGUUCUCUUUCUUUUUGCCAUGGGUAAUCGACCUCAAGGAUCCAAGGGUGCAUAUACAGUGAUCAUGGUAUUCUUUGCCCUGCUGAUGAUAUAUAUGAUUUUUGCAUCGGUGUGGUUAGCGUAUGAUGCCAUUGACCAUGCGGUGAGCACGAGUACACUCCUCACGGACGGAUCCUUUCGUGAUAUUUUGAUUGCCGUGGGUGCGACCUAUGCUAUUUAUUUGGCGGCCAGCUUGCUGUUUUUAGAUCCGUGGCAUAUGAUUACGAGUUGUGUACAAUAUGUGCUCAUGACACCAAGCUACAUUAACAUUCUCAAUACCUUUGCAUUCUGUAACACUCACGAUAUCAGUUGGGGUACCAAGGACAUCACUCUUGUGGCGACCGAUCUUGGUAUUGUUGAAUCGACACAGCAUGGACAAGCGGAUGUAGCGGUGCCUGAACAAAAAGAUGUCGGGCUGUUGUACGAGGAAGCAUGCAUCAAUCUCCAAGAACGUAAACGGGAUGAGAAACAUGAACCGGAUCCAAAAACCAAACAAGAGGAUUACUAUCGAGCGUUUCGAACACGUCUUGUUACAUCUUGGAUAUUGAGUAAUUUGAUCUUGGUAGCCCUUGUAACAACGGCACAGACCUUGCAGUGGUUGGGUGACUUUGAUCAACGUACAAAUGGCUACAUGGCCUUUGUUCUAUGGGCCGUUGCUGGUCUUGCUGUUUUUCGCUUCAUUGGCUCGGUUAUCUAUCGCAUCCUUUCUAUCUUUACUGGAUCAUGA